CGACGAUGGGGGUUGUUAUGGAAACGCGAGCGCUAUCGUAAGGCAGGGGGCGGGCCGGUCGUAAAAAGGAGGCUCGUUCCCGGCCGCGGAGAAGGUUGUCAUUGUUAGCCGCGUCGGCGGUGCCCGUGAGACCUCGGCUGCCUUAUUCCUGUCGUUCGCCAUGGCGGCGGCCCUGGCCCGGAAAGCCGCGGACUAUGUACGCAGCAAGGAUUUCAGGGAUUACCUCAUGAGUACGCACUUCUGGGGACCUGUUGCCAACUGGGGACUUCCCAUUGCUGCCAUCAGUGAUAUGAAGAAAUCACCAGAAAUCAUCAGUGGCCGAAUGACAUUUGCACUUACUUGCUAUUCUUUGACUUUUAUGAGGUUUGCAUAUAAGGUGCAACCCAGGAACUGGUUGUUGUUUGCUUGUCAUUUCACUAAUGAAAUUGCACAACUUAUUCAAGGAGGAAGGUUGAUCAAACAUAAUAUGAAAAAAAAAUAAUUGAAUAUUUGAUUCACGGAGAAAAAUUGAAAAGGUGCUGCUCUUCACAGAAUAUAAGCAAGGAAGGACUUUGUCAUCAUCUUUUUUUUUUUUUUCAUUACCACCAUCAUGGAAAUAUUUAUACUAGCAUUCAGUAUCAUUUGUUAACUUUUUUAGCUUCCCUUAUACAAAGUACUGCACAGCUGUUCAAAAAUUAGAUCACUUUCCUGCCUUAAAAGAAUUUUUUAAUAUUUACAAAAUUAUUCAACUCAAAUAUGUACCAACUUUUCUGAAAUAAAAAACCUGCUAAUUUAAGAAAAACAAGAAAAGGCAUAAUUGAUUAAUAUGUGAUUUUGAAACUGAAUGUUGAUUAUUUUGCAGUCAGAUGUACAAAUAUAUUGAAAUUGUGAUUCUGCCUCUUUAAGUACAUUGGAGCAAAGUAAACUAUUCAAGAGCAUCAUUCUUUAAAAAUUACAAAGUCAAGAUCGGUUAUCAAUUCUCCAUAUAAGCAAUUGAAAAUGAAUUCCUCAGUUAACUCUUGUGAGGUUAAUAGUUUAAAUAUGUUAUGUUUGCUAAUGUGUAUAUUUGACAUUUGUAGCUAAAAUUAUUUUUACCAAGAAAUAAAAAAGGCAGUGAAGUGCCAAUUAAUUUAUGAGUGGAUUCGAACAAACUAUAUCCUGAUUCAUACUUAUUGUAUAUUUUACAUUAGAAUACAAGAUUAAGCUCUGUGUCCCCAACUACAUGAUUUGGCAAAAUAUACCAUCGUAUCUUUGUAUGUAAGUAUUCUGCAAAUGAUACAUUCAGUGCCCAGUUGUUUUAUAGGCACACGUACCUGUGAGCAAAGUAGGUACAGUGCUACAUCCCAUUAUGGUGUAAGUAACAUCUCUUUUAAGAGCCCAGUUGAACUCUCUUAUUUGUAACAAAUAAAAUAAAUAGUAUGAUUCUAUUUUUGCAUUCAUUGGCAGAUGCCAUAUUAUUAACACCAAAACAAAAAACAAAACCCUGCAUAUAGGAAUGAAUAUUUUUGAAAGAUUAUUCGUUUAAUUUGACCUUUUUGUUGUGAUUUUUAUCAACAAUUGUAAUGAACUAUAUAUAGAUUGUCUUUAAUAAUGUUAUUUUACUUCAACAACUUUGGGGCAGUAAACCUUCCCUAUGGGGAGAAAUUACAACAUGAAUGUUCUAAUGGCAAUAAACCACUUUGAAACAA